AUGAAGAAAUUCUUUUCCAAAAACCAUCAAAUUCAAGAAUUUGAUCCAAAAGUAACUGAAACUGUAAAGUUUAAGAAGGAAAACUCAGCAAUCGAAAGCUAUUAUCGUCUCAUCAUAAAGAUUUUCCUAGUCAUUGGAUUUGACUUUGAUGGAAAGUAUCAAAAAUCAAGAAAAGUGUCCUUUGGACUGAAGCUGAUUAAGCUAAUCAACAUGAUUUGCAUAUUUCUUGCAACAUUUCAAUGUCUGACUUACUUCUUCACAGAAAAUUUGAGUGAUGUUGGAACUUUAGGAUCCGGAACUUUUGGACUUUACAGUGUUCAGACGAUUGUGAAGAUUUUUGUGUAUUUUGCAGCUAUUGACAAAUUUCAUCAAUUGACAAUGGAUGUGAUUACAACUUACAGGAAGUUCAAGCCCAGUGAAAAUGAUGAGAAAUUUUUCCGAACAGCCUACAAAGUUUGCCCAAAAAUUUUCUUCUUCAAUGUCUUUAACUUGCUGUUUUACUCAUUGACAGGAUUAGUCAGGAUAGGAAUUGCAACAUACAUGGGAACUUCAGUUGGAUCUGUAUUUCCAUAUGAAGCUUAUUGGUCAUUUGAUCCAUAUGAAUAUCUGCCAUGGACGUUAUUUUACAAUGCAUACACAAAUGUCAUGACUGAUUUCGUAUCAAUGAUUUGUGAGCAACUUUUUGUCUUUGUUGUGUCACAUAUGGUUGUGAGUUUUGAAAGACUUGAAGAUGAACUUGUUGAGAUCAUUCAACAAAUUGACACUGUACCAUCGGAUGUCAUCAAGAGCAAGUUACCAAGAUGUAUCGAUCUUCAUAAUGAACUUAUUGAACAUUCUAAAGUUGUCAAUUCCUUAUUUGGAAUUUCAUUGCUUGGAUUUUUGAUUCAAUCUUAUUGGACGAUCUGCUACCUCAUUUUUCUGACAACAAGCAAGUUCUCUGACUUUGCUAUUCUCUCAGCAUUCGCACUCGUAAAUGUAUCUGUUCAGAUUUUAAUGCUAGCUUAUUUUGCUGAAAAAUUGAAGGAAAAGAGCCUGAAUUUAUCCGACAAACUGUCAUCAUGUAGUGACAAAAAUAUUGACAAAUCUCUGGCAAAAUAUUUUAUUUUAAUGAUUCAAGUGUCAAAUCAGCCGAUAAACUUGACAGCUUCUGGAUUUUUCAAGCUUGAUUUGCCAACAUUUACAACGAUUGUUAACACUGCAUACUCCUAUUUUGCUAUUUUAAGACAAGCAUACAAAGGAUAA